AUGCUUCACUGCUUGAAUGGGAGUUCAUGUAUGCGUCUGAUACAGGGUAACAAAUCUACGCUGUAUUUCUUGUGUUUAGUACUUGGAUAUAUACUGUACCUAGUUUUCGGGGCCGUAAUCUUUUCCUCGGUGGAGCUACCUAACGAGGACCUGCUGCGACAGGAGCUCCGAGAGGUGAAGCAGCAGUUUCUUCAGGACAAUGCCUGUUUGUCCGAUGAGCGACUGGAAGAGUUUUUGGCUAAAGCUUUGGAGGCCAGCAAUUAUGGCGUGUCGGUGCUGAAUAACGUCUCGACUAACUGGAACUGGGAUUUCACCUCGUCGCUGUUUUUCGCCAGCACCGUCCUCUCCACGACAGGCUAUGGGCAUACAGUACCACUGUCAGAUGGGGGCAAAGCCUUCUGCAUCAUAUACUCAGUGGUUGGAAUCCCUUUCACUCUCCUCUUCCUCACUGCCGUGGUCCAGAGGAUCAUGGUGUUCAGCACACGCCGACCCGUGGCAUACAUACACAGGCGCUGGGGGCUGUCCAAAUCUCUAGUGGGGGCGGUACACGCGACUGUUCUGGCAAUCGUCACGGCCUCUUGCUUCUUUCUCAUCCCUGCCAUCGUGUUCUCGGUGCUGGAGGAGGAAUGGAACUUUCUAGAAUCCUUUUAUUUCUGCUUUAUAUCCCUGAGCACCAUCGGUCUGGGUGACUACGUCCCAGGCGAAGCUUACAACCAGAGGUUCCGUCAGCUCUACAAACUGGCCAUCACCUUGUAUCUGAUCUUGGGUCUGGUCGCCAUGCUGGUCGUCUUGGAGACGUUCUGUGAACUGCAGCAGCUGAAGAAGUUGAGGAAAAUGUUCUAUGUCCAGAGGCAAAAAUCAGAGGACCAGCUGUCCAUCGUGGACCACGAUCAUCUUUCCUUCUCCUCUGUGUCUGAUCAGGCAGCCACCAUGAAAGAGGACAAAACUGAACUCUUCCUAGACAGCGGAGUCAUAGCCUCCCCCAUAGUCCCCACUGACGGUUCAGUCAUUAAAUGA